AUGGUCAAAGUAAACGUAAAGUGGAACAAAGACAAAUAUGAGGUUGACAUUGAUCCAAAUGAAUCAGUAGCAGAAUUUAAAGCACAAUUGUUUUCAUUAACUAUGGUCCCUGUUGAAAGACAAAAAAUUAUGGGAUUUAAAGGAGGUAUUUUAAAAGAUGAAUCACAAUGGAAAGAUUUAGAUCUUACAGAAGGUAAAAACUUAAUGUUAAUGGGAUCCGCUAUUGAAUUACAAAAGCCAGAUAAACCAGUUGUUUUCCUUGAAGAUUUACCACCAAGUAAAGCUGCUGCCUUAAAUAGUCUUUUACCAUCAGGUUUAACCAAUCUUGGUAACACUUGUUAUUUAAAUGCCACUCUUCAAUGUUUAAAAAAUGUACCAGAAUUAUUACAAAUCAUCAAAAGUUAUAAACCAAAAACCAACUCUAGAUAUUCAAAUUUAUUAAAAUCAUCCCAAAGUUUAUUUAAAGAUUUAUCAGGCGGUAUUGGAGAACCAGUUACACCAUUUUCAUUUUUAACUACAUUCAGAAUGUGUUUCCCAAGAUUUUCAGAAAAAAGUAAUGAAGGUCAUUUUAUGCAACAAGAUGCUGAAGAAGCAUGGAGUGAAUUAUUAACAGCAUAUGCACAAGAAUUACCACUUGAAGAAAAUCAAACAGAUUCACAUUCAGCUGAUUUGAUCAAGAAAUCAAUGAUUGGUAAAUUAUUUGGUAUUCAAGUUGUAGAAAAGUUUACAUGUAAAGAUAACCCAUCAGAAGAACCAACCACCAGAGAAGAAACACUUUUAAAAUUAGCAUGCAACAUUACAGUUGAAACUUCAUAUCUUCUUGAAGGUUUAAAGAAAGGUUUAGAGGAAGAAAUUUCAAAAGCUUCACCAUCACUUCAUAGAGAUGCAACCUACGUUAAAAAAACUUUAAUUAAAGAGUUACCACAAUAUCUUAUGGUUCAAUUUGUAAGAUUCCAUUGGAAAGAUACCUCAAAAACUAAAUCAAAAAUUGUUAGAAUUGUUCAAUUCCCAUUUGUUUUAGAUUUACAAGGUUUAUGUACACCAGAAUAUCAAGCCAAGCUUGAACCAAAUAGAAAAAAAUUGGAAGAUGAAGCCAAUUCAGCACUUGAUAAGAAGAGAAAGGCAUUUGCUAAUGAUGAUGACGAUUCUAAACAAACAGAAAAGAAAGCUGCAGUCGGUGAGGAACAACCAUCCACUUUACCAACUCUAAGUGAACCUGUUGAUAUUUUUAAUAAAUCAGAUGACACUGGUAAGUAUGAAUUGGUUGCUGUUUUAACACAUCAAGGUAGAUAUGCUGAAUCUGGCCAUUAUGUCGCUUGGGUUAAAAAGGCUGAAGAUAAAUGGUUUAAAUUUGAUGAUCAAAUUGUUACCGAAUGUAAUAACGAGGAAAUUAAAAAAUUACAAGGUGGUGGUGAUUGGCAUAUGUCCUAUUUACUUUUAUACAAAGCUAUUAGAGUUAAUAAUAAUGAUAACAAUAACAAUACUUCCCCAAAUAGCACUACUACUACCACAACUACAAAUUAAAACAAUAUUAAUUAUUAAAUAUUAAAUUAAAUAAAAAAUCUUUUAAAAUAUAGAUAUAUAUAGUUUUAAAUU